AUGAACACUUUUGGAAUUAUAGCCACCUUGGCAGUGGCUAGCUUCGCUACGAUCGAAGCCACACCGUGUCCACCUACAUGCCUUCCACUCCCAUGUCUUCCAGCGCCAGUUCUACCACCACCAUGUCUUCCAGCCCCAGCUCUACCACCACCGUGCCUUCCACCACCAGUUUUACCAUCCCCAUGUCUUCCUGCCCCACCUCUGCCACCUUGCAUACCUUCACCACCAAUUAGUCCAGCGGCUCUAGCCUCUUUAUUAGCUACUCUUAAAGCAGCGGCACCUAUUUCACCCCUUGCCACACUACCUGUUCCACCGCCUGCCCUACCAGCCUGUGCACCCGCCCCGACUGUAGCUACAACCCUGACGGUCCCCGCACCUGCACCUCAGGUCAUAGCUCCAGGACCAGCACCAGGGCCAUUGAUAGUCCAAUUGCCGUCAGUAGCCGGAAAGGUAGCGCCAAUCGUCGUUCCCGCCGGUCCAGCCGCUAAUCUGCUCGUCAAACUGACUCAAUCUCCAGCUCCCGCACCCAUCAUACUUCCAGGAGCGGCACCCGGGCCUAUCGUCAUCAACGACGGAAACGUAAUCAAGGAACAGUCCAUCACGCGUGCACCAGCUCCAGAUCCAAACAAAAUAUUCUUCGCGUUACCACCGCCAUUACCGACUCCACCUGUCGUGUUGCCACCCGCGCCAUUGCCAAAAGUGUUCUUCAAUCCCGGUCUGUAUGUCCAAAAACCUGAUAUCGUUUACCAAACUCCAGUCGGUCUACCUCAAUUGUUUUUGAUUCCGUCGCCGUGCCCAUGCCCAGCACCGUGCUACCCACCACCCGGUCCAUGCAACCUACCUCCAGUCCUUGCUAAGGUUCCUUGCGUUUGUUAA